CAAAGUUACAGUCAGGACACAGAAUCAAGCUGCAUUUACUUAACCGCUGAUGGAACAUCGAUCUGCGAAAAUGACUCCCAUCUUUUGACAAUAGACGAAGAUGCUUUGAGCAGGAUGCAGGAACUAUUUCCAGUCAGCCCAGUUGUGCUGCCAACUGAACCACUGCAGCCAGCUCUUAUCAACAACAGUUCCACACCAGCGACAGAGGACCUCGUUCGCAGUUGUGUGACUCCUCGAAAGGUACAGCGUGUCCGUGAGACUCGGCAGCCUGGGACAGAUCUGUACAAGUGUGCCAUCAAGCUUCUUCCCAACUUUUUCACACCAGCUGAACUGGCAAUGAACAACAUGAACGGAAAUUUUGGCAAACAACUGCUAGACAAGACUAAACUCCAUACUCUGAAAGGUAAUUUAUAUCAAUUGAGUCUGGUUCCGUACAGUCACGGUCGCUUAAAAGGAAGCUUUUUUUGUAACAACCGGUUUCACAAGUGGUGGUAGAGCUGAUCUCAUACGAGAGUGGUGAAGUGAUCUGUUGUUUAAAAAUAGCGUAUAUUGAUUUCCUCUUUUCUUUUUCUUUAGUGUUGAUCUUCACAACGUUUCCAGUUGGUCCCGAACAUAUGCAAAAUAAAUGCCAAGUGUCGGUCGAAGAGAUUUGA